GCAAAGGCAAAAUUGACUUUGAGGGCGCCAAAAAAAGCAUCAAGGCAAACUUGCCUUGAGGAGGGCAAGCAAGGAGAAGAAGUGAAGCAAAGAUGAGGAGCGGUCGUGGUGGAUGGCGGAGCGAGUUGGUGGACGCUGCUGUGCGGCGGCAUGAACGACUGGCGACGCGGGUCUCUGUUGGCAUGGUGGGCCACGCACAGGCACUGCAUCGGCUGCUGCACCCUGCGCUGACCCACCUCGUCCAAAUGGCAAUCGAUACAGUGGCUGCGGCAGAGGAAACCGCGCAAGCACUGGACGCUGCCGCAACAGCGGUUGGCGUUGAAAAUCAGCCAACCUCGUCGUCCAACCAAACACGUCAUCAUGCAGAGCCAGGAGCUGAGGAGAGCUUGCCGCUGAUGGUUGUUGCCCUGCGGGCCUUGCUUCGUGGCAUUGGUGCCAUGAUCAGGGCGCUGCGCCGGCUGAGGGACCUCGUGGUGGCCCAACUCCACGCGGACGAGGAAGGGGAGGGCGUGGAAUCAGCAGCAAACAUGUCGUCUCCAACAGCAGAGCGGAUACGGCCCGAUGGCACCACAUCUGCUUCGACCAACGCAGCACCACGAAUCCUGUCAAGAUUAGCCAGGCUACUCAGGCUGGUGCGUGCGCGACUGCGUCAGCUGCUGGCCAGCACCCUGCGGCGCGUCCUCGGCAGUGGCGUGCGUGAUGGCAGCGUUGCCGAGUCGGCCGUGUCUGCUUCCCAGUAUGCGUCGUUCCUCCUGUUUGCUGCCGAUGUGGCAACCGUGCUUUACAUGGGCUCGUUUCCAGAAGAGGUGUGUCUUGGCUUGAAACGACACCCGUUCUCCGAGCUGGCUCCAGUGGCGGCAUCGUCUCUUCCGCGCCUCAUGUCGGCGUGGCCCGCGCGAGCGUUGUCACCGCUCUACUCCGUGUGCAACCGCGCUGGUGACCGCGCCACCGCCGUUGCAGCUGCAGCAUUUCGCGCGUGGCUGCGCACGUGGGAAGAGGACUCCCCAGUGCUUGCAGGCAUCCGGGAUGCGGUUGAGCUUGCGGCGCUCGUGGCCUCGGGGCUUCAGCUGCGGUCCUUCACGUCCGUUGACGCCAUGCUCUUCUCUGCUGGCAUCACAGAUGCAGCCACCACCAGCAUUGUCCAAGGCGGCCCCCCGCACGUGGCCAGUACUGCAUCGUGGUCGGAGUCGGAGUCAUCGAGGAUGUCACUCACGGGAAUGGACACAGCAGCCACCGCAACAACAACAGCAGCACCAGCAGCAACAACAACAGCAGCAACAACAACAACAACAAGCUCGCUAUCGCCAGACGUCGCAGCCACCUCUGCAGUGGCCACGACAAUGUCGCGGCAAGAGCUAGAGGCGUGGAUUGCAGAGCAGCAGCGAGCACAGCUGCUGCAGUCAUCUUCACCGGCCCGCCAGUUCCUCUCCAUGGCGGCGUCCACCGUGUUUGCUGCUCUUCCGUCGCUUGCCAUCAGUGCACUCCCGCGUAUCGUGUCUUGGCUACAACAGCGACAAGACCAGCAGCAACAAAACGAAGGGGGCGGCGAUGAUGCUGCGUUGGGCGAUGGAGGUGACGAGCACCACGACCGCCGGCCCUCGUUCCUCGGCGCCCUACUGGGCGUCACAGACGAUGGUGAUGACGAUGAUGAUGGUGGUGGUGAUGGUGGUGGUGGUGAUGAUGACGGUUAUGAUGGCGGGGCGGAGGGAAGUGGCCCUGGUCAGUCCGACAGCAGCGGAAGAGGAGGAGGUGGUGGUGGCGAUGUUGAUGAGGGACACCAUCAUGAUGAGCAUGACGACUGCAUGCCCAGCCCGCAUGCAACCGUGUGUCGAGCGGAGGUGUCCAAGGCGGCAGCUGUCAUGAACCGCUGCGCGCUGUGUGAACGAGAGCCCGUGCGUGCGCCGUGUGUUGUACCGACGGCUGGGCUGAUGUGCUGCUACGCGUGUGCUGUGCAAGCUGUGCGUGAUGCCAACAACAGGUGCCCCUUCACGGGCCUCUCCCUCAACCCAAACACAGACCUCAUUUCCCUCUACCAAGACGCCUUGUAGAUGAUUAGAUGAUGGAUGGAUCAACACUGCUUGCGUUGUGCAUACAUACAUAC